UUUCUGCGUAUUCCGGUUCCCAAACGCAAGAAAGGUGUUUAGAACGAAUUUUUUUUUUUUCCUUCAUUUUGGUGGAGCAUAAACAAUAUGUUGUGAUCCUGUUUUAGGAUAUGAACCGGUCUACCAAACUAACGGUAGAUUCACAUCGCCUUCCACCGCAGCUGCCGAGGCUCGCCGGAGCGAACCGCCCAACACUUGGCUACACAAAAGCAAUGUAAAUGAAUAGACAUCCUCACAUGCUGUCCUUAUGCAAUGCCCUCUAUCUCUUCACCAACUCGCAUCCUCACGAGACCAUUCCGGACCAAACCCAUUAACAAGUCCAAUCGUCCCUGUGUUGUUCAAUCAUUCUUCAAUCUCUGCUCCCAAGGCCAUCUUGCUCAAGCCAUAGAAUCUCUUGACUUGUUAGCACGCAAAGGCAUACGCUUAGACUCUCAAACUCUCGCAUUCCUAUUGCAACAGUGUGCAGACUCUAAGUCGCUUAAAGAAGGCAAAUGGGUUCACCUUCAUUUGAAGCUCACGGGUCGCAAACACCCCAACACCUUGUUGUCGAACUACUUGAUAAAUAUGUAUGGCAAAUGUGGUGAUCACGUAGAAGCACGUAGAGUGUUCGAUAAUAUGUCUGUAAGAAAUUUGUAUUCUUGGAACAAUAUGCUUUCUGGGUAUGCUAAGUUAGGAAUGCUAAAACCAGCUCGGAGGUUGUUUGAUGAAAUGCUUGAAAAGGACGUUGUGUCAUGGAAUACCAUGAUAAUUGCAUAUGCGCGGAGUGGGCACUGUGACGAGGCUUUGAGAUUUUUUACUGACCUUCGGAAAUCUUCAAUUGUGUUUAACGAGUUCAGUUUUGCUGGGAUUUUGACAGUUUGUGUGAAAUUGAGGGAAUUGGGACUUAACAGGCAGGUGCAUUGUCAGGUUUUGGUUGCUGGGUUUUUGUCGAAUGUGGUUCUUUCAAGUUCUGUCAUUGAUGCUUAUGCUAAAUGCGGGGAGAUGGGUGAUGCAAGGAGAUUGUUCAAUGAGAUGCCCACAAGGGAUGUCCUUGCUUGGACCACCUUGGUUUCAGGGUAUGCCAAGUGGGGGGAUAUGAAAUCUGCCAGUGAAUUGUUUGAUGUGAUGCCAGAGAAGAAUUCCGUCUCGUGGACUGCUUUGAUUGCGGGGUAUGCUCAAAAUGGCAUGGGACACAAGGCACUUGAAUUGUUCAUGGAGAUGAUGUUUUGUCGCAUAAGACCAGAUCAAUUCACAUUUAGUAGCUGCCUUUGUGCUUGUGCUAGUAUGGCAUCACUCAAACAUGGCAAGCAAAUUCAUGCCUGUCUCAUUCGAACUGGUUCCAAACCAAAUACAAUAGUUGUUAGCUCUCUUAUUGACAUGUACUCAAAGUGUGGAUGUCUGGGAGUUGGGCGGCAGGUUUUUGAAAUAAUGGGUAAUAAGCAAGAUUAUGUGUUGUGGAACACAAUGUUGUCUGCCUUAGCACAGCAUGGUUGUGGUGAAGAGGCAGUACGGUUGUUUGAAGACAUGGUGAGAUUAGGUGUGAAGCCAGAUAGGAUCACCUUUGUUGUCAUUCUCAGUGCAUGUAGUCAUUCAGGCCUUGUACAGGAGGGGAUUCAUUCUUUUGAGUCCAUGACUUCUGAUCAUGGCAUUCUUCCUGACCAAGAACAUUAUGCAUGCUUGAUUGAUCUUUUGGGUCGAGCUGGACGUUUUGACGAAGUGAUGAACCAGCUCGAGAAGAUGCCUUGUAAACCCAAUGGUCAGGUUUGGAAUGCCUUGCUUGGUGUUUGUAGGAUUCACGGGAAAAUGGAGUUGGGAAGAAAAGCAGCUGAACACCUUAUUGAAUUGGAGCCUCAAUCCUCUGCAGCCUAUGUAUUACUUUCAACUAUAUAUGCCGUGCUUGGGAGGUGGGAGUCCGUAGAGAAGGUGAGACAACUUAUGAACGAGAGAAAUGUGAGAAAAGAACGAGCAAUUAGUUGGGUAGAAAUUGAAAAUAAGUUGCAUGCUUUUACUGUAUCAGAUAGGUUGCACCCUUUAAAAGAAGAAAUUUUCUCAGUUUUGGAACAGUUAGCUGGCCAGAUGGAAGAUGAUUCCUCAUUACUUGAUGCUGGUGGGUAAGACUUUGCCGUUUUAUCUUUGCAUGGUGGGUGUUAAAAAGGACCUGAAAUAGUCAAACCUCUAUUAUUUUCCAUAACUUGUAACAUGUACCUUUAGUUGUCAAAGAGGGCAGGCCUUUGGACGCUAAAGAUCGUUGUGUGUUGAUUCUAUAGAAUAGAAUUGAAUCUUCACAACGAUAUACUUGAGUCACACCCCCCCACCCUCCAGUUGAGCGGGCGAAAUAUCUAGGAAGGAGGCCCCUGAGAAUGUUUUGUUCCUUCUGUGUCAUAGUUCUGUUUCUUUCUUCUUCUUCUUUUUUUCAAUAAAAUUGGAAAAGAGGUUAUCUAUUUCACUUUGUCAUCAAAUCGAUUACAUUUGAAUAUCAUCUUAUGAAAUGCAUCUGUUUGUAGAUAUAGGAAUAGUUCUCUCUUUGAAAUGGAUUUGCAAAUAAUCCGCAAGUUGUUAAAGAACAAUAAUAAUAUCAAACACAAAACUCCUAGAGGAAGAAAUUGUCAUCUCCUUAGCACAAUGCACAAUUACUUGAUAAUAUGUAUGCAGUUGACUUACUUGUUCUGUUAAUUAUUCUAAUUGAUGAAGUCUGAAUUCUGAAAACCUUAUUAAAGUGCUUUAUUUUUAUUUUACAAAUUGCUGAUAUUUUGUUGAGUGUGAACAGUUGCAUCUGGUUCUUUUAGGUGUUUGUAUUAUCAUAAUUCAUCUAGAUAAAUGUAGUAAACUGGGCCUCCCUAUAAGUUAGUGCUGCUUUUGCACUUUACAUAAGAUUGGUUAUACCUUAUGUUUCCUACAACAGUAGUAAAUUUUUUAAUAUUCAUUCAUUGGAUUUUGAAGCCAAUAUGAUCAUUUGUGAAACUUGUAGGGAUAUCUAUGCAAUGAAAUGGGCUAAGAAAAACAAGUCGAAUGAGAAGAAUAUUGAGCAAAUUAUAUUGUUUAAAAUUUACAGUACAAGCACUGCCAACAUGAGGGUUCUGUCAUGGUUUCUCAGAGGCUUGGUAUUCUUAUUUUUCUCAGUGGUUUCGAAUACUUGGAGCAGUCAUGUCUAGCAGAUUAUACGCCAGUUUUUCAGCUGUCAUGUGUAGCAGAUUCAGUGUCUGUAUUUCAAUGUUCAGUUUUCAUGAUAAGAAAUAGAGAGCUCAUUUAUUCAGUGAAUUACAAUUUGAACAAAAAGAUGGAAUCUCUCUCUCUCUCUCUCUCUCUCCACCGCUCAUAAUUUUUAUGCUGGAAAAUUUACAGCUAAUAUCAUGUGUCAUGUGCCUCAAUUUCAUUGUUCAUAUCUAUUUAUUCUUUUGUUAAACCUGGGCAAAAAUAUGAAUUGACAACCUGUAACAAUGUUUCUGUUUAACCUUACUAUUCUCUAGUUCUAUAGUCUUUUUCAGAUGGAGCAGCUAAAGUAGCAUCUUUGAGAAUUGCUGAACUUAAUUCGACAGGUCAUCAACAACAUGGUAAAAGGGUGCUCAAUUUUUUCUAGCAUAAAUGGUCAUUUAAUGAGAAUUUCUCAUUAUCUUUGCUGGGGCCUUUUGCUGUUCAUGUGGCCUUCCACUGUACUUACCUGGGCUACAGCUUGGGUAUUUACCUUCUGGAAGGGUAGUACUUGCGGAUGAUGGAUGUUGUCUUCAUCAAUUGCGAAGUCCUCUACAACUAGGGAAAUGUUUUAAACUAAGGCAUCACUGGUAAGGUUCUUACAGUUGGAAAAUAAUUACUUUAAGUUGUGCUAUAAUCAAUUUAGCUUGUCUAUUCCUUCAACAAUUGAUUUGAUCUGGUAGGCCUUGAUCCAUGCUACCAAACCAUUAGACUAUCCCCAUAUCUGUUAUUGGCUUAUAAAAGUUGUAAGGCUAUGAUUGAUGGAAUAUCCUUCCAAUUGUGGGCAUGCUCUGAGCUUUGACACUGAGGUGGUUGAGCCAACAUGAAAAGACCAUAACACUUAUUGGGGAAAUAAACAAAAAAAAAAAAAAAAAUUAAAAA